CAUUCGUGGCCUAACCAACCGCACUGACCGACUGACCUUCACGAUCUCUUUUUCUCUCUCAACAUAAAAUUUCGGAUCACCACAUGACUCCUUCCCUUUCUCCUCUUUUCAACUUUUUCUAACUGCCUUCGCUAAUUCCUUUCCCCUUCUUCUUUUUCUUCUCACGAGGGUUAAUUCUCUCGUGGGCUUCUUCUUCUUCUUUUCUGCCUUCUCCCCCUUUCUGGGUUUUUGCUCCUUUUUUUAGUUUUUCAUUUUGCAUCUUUCUCUGAUUUCUCUCGUUUUCUCUGUCUCUAUCACUCUGAUUCUCUUCUUUUUCUCCCCUCUUUUUAUUUAUCUUUAUUUGGGUUUCUGGGGGUUUCUGCUUCUUCUUUACCCUUUUUCCUCUAUUGGGUCACUGGUGGGUGUGCCAUUUUUGUGUGGUACGAUUUCGCCUCUGUCCAUGGCCUGUUGAUGUCUGUGGCCGUUGAAAUUGGUUCCAGUUCAAAAGGGAUAAUGGGGUUCGAUGAUAAAGACAAAGAUGGGAAAGAAGAGGAUUCUUCUCCCAAAAUGUCAGAGCCCAAGAAAGCUGAGGAUGAAGAUCAGGAUGUUGAUUCGGUUCCUGGGUUGAGUAGGAAAAUGAGUGAAAGCUCUAUCUGUGCAACUGAGGAGGAAGACGAUGAAGAUGGAAGGAAAAUCGAGUUGGGUCCUCAAUACACUUUGAAAGAACUCAACGAGAAGGAUAAGGAUGAUGAAAGUCUGAGGAGGUGGAAAGAACAGCUUCUUGGUGGUGUUGAUUUUGAAGCUGUUGGAGAAACUCUUGAGCCAGAUGUAAAGAUUUUGAGCCUUGCAAUCAAAUCAUCAGGCCGGCCUGACAUUGUUCUUCCAGUUCCUGAGAGUGGAAAUCCUAAAGGCCUCUGGUUUACUUUGAAGGAAGGUAGUCGUUACAGCCUUAAGUUUACUUUUCAGGUCAGCAACAACAUUGUUUCUGGUCUCAAAUAUACCAAUACAGUCUGGAAAACUGGUGUCAAAGUUGACAGUACAAAAGAGAUGAUUGGAACUUUUAGCCCUCAACCUGAGCCUUAUGAUCAUGAGAUGCAGGAAGAAACAACUCCUUCUGGCAUCUUUGCUAGGGGAUCAUAUUCAGCCAGAAGCAAGUUUGUUGAUGAUGAUAAUAAAUGCUACUUGGAGAUCAAUUACACAUUUGAUAUAAGGAAAGACUGGAAGGAGGAGCAGCCUGCUUAAUAUCAUACCCCUCGAAUAUUCGGAUCAUUCGGUGCUUGAUUCGGCCCGAAUUCGCUGCUGCUCGGGUUUUUUAAGAUGUUUAAUUUUGCUGCUGUUCUUAUUUGUUCUUAAUCUUCUCAAAGUUGAUGUUUUUUCUUCUUUUUUUUUUUUUGACAAUGAGGAUGAAGGAUGUUUUCGAACUAACAAUAGAAAAAGAAAAACAGAGAUGGGUUAGAUCUGUACUGUCAAUAAAAAAUGCUCAGCUUUGGUUUUUGGCUAAA